AUGUGUUACUAUGAUCAGUACUAUGGAGGUCUGGGCUAUGGUUAUGGUGGCCUAGGCUAUGGCUAUGGCUGUGGCUAUGGUGGCUAUGGUUAUGGUUGCUGCCGCCCACUGUGUUGUAGAAGCUAUUGGUCUUAUGGUUUCUACUGA